AUGGAGGAGUUGAAGCAAGUGGCCCGCCUCAUCGCGGCUCGGACCAGCCGCUUCGCCGAGCGGGAUUUCUUCUUUGUCGGUUUCGGUGGCUUCGACAUGCACUCCAACCUGGAGGUCUGGCUGUUCUCGAGGUUUGGGACGAUGGACAUGGGCAUCAGAGCGUCUGUAAACGAGAUGAAAGGCCAGGGAAUUUGGGAGAACGUCUUGCUUGCAACCCAAUCCGAUUUUGCGCGAACUUUGGAUCCUAAUGCAAACAUGGGUACUGACCACGCUUGGGCUGGCAAUCAUUUCAUCUUGUCGGGUGCAGUGAAUGGUGGCAGGAUCUACAAUCAGUUCCCGGAAUCGCUCGCUGCUGGCAACCCUGCAGAUCUUGGUCGCGGCCGGCUCAUUCCGAAGUACCCCUAUGAGAGCUAUAUAGUACCUAUUGCCAUGUGGCUUGGUGUUGAGGGCGGGCACCUUGGAACCGUCUUCCCAAACCUCCCAAACUUUAACAGCUCGUUCAUCAUCCCUCAGCUGAAUCUCAUGAGCAUUUGA